AUGGGGCAUGAAGACUACUUCAGUUGGAGGGAACAGACAGCGAGAAUCUGUAAAACCAGAAGUUCCGACGCUGUAGGGCCUUGGAUCGCGCAAGUGGAGAAAGAGAAGCAGGAGGGGCCUCAUCACGAUAUGACCAGAAACCGUCCAGUGUUUUUCGACGUUACUGCCACUCCUACCAACCUUCCAGGCCCGUUGCCCGCGCCUGGCUGCUUCUAUCCAUCACAGUUCCUUGGACAAGUGCUCAACGGAACAUGUGGCAUUGUACCUCCCCUCACGCCUCCAGAGGAUCUCGACUCUUUCAAAUGGGAGACUCCGUCACAGACAGACUCUAGCGGAGGUGUUCAGACUGCAUCAAACGUCGAAGGCCGCUCAGCAAACCAGAGACAAAACCAGCCUCGCACUAGUUCGACAUCCCGUCCAUCAGAGAUACGGAUGCCAGAACCAUCUAACAUGGCGGGGGACGAACCAAGCAGAUUGAACUGGCUCGAACGAGUCUGUCAACAUCUUGUGUCUUCUUCGGGCGACCCAACCAGUCAACAACAGAUCCAAAUGGUUGUUCAGGCUCUACCCUCUCAACCAAGGUCGACCGACACGAGGCGAAUUUUCGACAGAGUAGUUGAAGACAUCCAAAAUCACUUCACAUCCCCGCCCUACAUCACAAUCACGCACGCAUACUUUCAAGCAAUCAGCAUGGACGAAGUCCCAGCCUCGCCUCCAGCGACACCGAACACCAACUAUCCGACUGACGACUACUUCCAGGACCACACUGUCUUCACACAUGCGGCCACCGUUCCAGCUUACCACUCCCACACGGCGACUUUCAAUGCCGUAGCCCAACGUCCAUCGAACAUCAUCGCGGCUCCAAGCAGCAUCCAUAUUUCGAUUCUAGAGCGGUACAUUCCGCCUACAACUCCCCGAGAGGUGGAGGACUUUUUCACGUUGAGCAGGCGGUCCUAUUUGGCAGACCGGCUGCUGGAAUUGUCCUCGAAUGAUGGUUCGUUACUCCUAAUCUAUCCCACCAAGCAGGGCGGACAAACGUUUGCGAAUCGAUACAUCGGACCGGUCAUCGAACCUUUUCUACGGCAAUUUAUCCUGUUGAACAACCUCUACACAGAUAUUGCGAUCCAACUGGGCCGAAUGGCAGCGGUCGCAAGUAUGAAAAGCUUUGAGGAGAUGCAAGAACUGCUAUCGGCGAUGUGCGAGGCUCUAAGUCAGAGAGCACCAUCACGAGGGCUGCCGAGUCGAUACCAGGUUAUUCACGCCGAGACCGCCGAAGUAGUGCUAGACCGCGCCCUGUGGAAAGAGUGGUACAUUGAGCAAGAGCAGCCUCGGCUACGACAGAACUUGGUGGAUUAUCACAAAAGUGGUGGGCGGAUGCCAGCCAGAAGCGGUCGGAUUGAAGUGACGCCUGGCAUGCUUGCAAGAGAAGUGGUUGAUGGGAUCCGCCAGAGUCGGGAGACGGCAGGAGAUGUUGGUUUGGAGGUUGCUGUGUUUGUCGUUCGGCGCACGACUGCUGUGUAA